AAUAAUUAUGCAAAGGUAAUAUGUGCAAAGGCCCUGUGGCACAGACGACACAUACAGACAGUUUAGUGGGAUUGAUGGAAGGCCAAUGGGGCUAUUGCUAAGUGAGUAAGGGGGGUAACAUGUAAUUGAGUCUGGAAAGGGAGGGAGAGAGAGUAGCAGGUCUUUUAGGACACUUAGGAUUUUAGUCUUUACCAUGCUAACAAUUGGCAGUCUUUGGAUUAUUUUAAGCAGGAUAGUAAUAUUAUCAGAUUCAAGUUCCAAAAGACCACUCACUGCAGUGUGUAGAAUGAAUUGGAUGAAAUUUCCUCAUCUGAAACAUAAGGAUGGGUAUACUUGCCCUGUGUACCGGACAGCUGAUUAUGAUAAACAAAUUGCACACGAUACAGAGUGUUUAUAAAUAUAAAUGAUGUAGAAAACUACGUAGUGAUAUUUUACAAGAAGCAACACAAUCAGGUCACAUAUGUGCUUUCCAGUUUUCUCUAUGAACAAAGGCAGCCAGAACUCAUGAAAGAGAUUGUUUUGUUUAUGUGAACAGGCUUCCUUCACCAGGGUAACUACUCCUUAGGGUGCUCAGGAAAGAAGAGAAACUUCACUCACUCUCUCAUUCUGUCUUUCUCCUCUCCCUUCUCUCACCAAGCACAUCUGGGUGCUGCCUGGAGCCCAGGUCUGGGUCCAAACCCAUGAAAAUUUUCCAAGAAUAAAAGCCUCUCAAGAAUGCAAUGGAUCCUGGGGCAUCAAGAGUAAACGGCUCGGGGCGUGUGGCUGGGUCCUGUUUUCCCUUUCUUUGCUGUUGAUGAUCAUUACCUUCCCUGUCUCCAUAUGGAUAUGCUUGAAGGUCAUUAAGGAGUACGAACGGGCUGUUGUAUUCCGACUGGGACGCAUCCAAGCUGACAAGGCCAAGGGACCAGGUUUGAUUCUGAUCCUGCCCUGCAUAGACGUGUUUGUCAAGGUUGAUCUCCGGACUGUUACUUGCAACAUUCCUCCACAGGAGAUCCUCACCAGAGACUCUGUGACCACUCAAGUGGAUGGCGUGGUCUAUUACAGAAUCUAUAGCGCUGUUUCGGCAGUGGCAAAUGUCAACGAUGUCCACCAAGCCACAUUUCUGCUGGCUCAGACCACUCUGAGAAAUGUCUUAGGGACACAGACUUUGUCCCAAAUCUUAGCUGGCCGAGAAGAGAUCGCCCAUAGCAUCCAGACCUUACUGGACGAUGCCACCGAGCUGUGGGGGAUCCGGGUGGCCCGAGUGGAAAUCAAAGACGUCAGGAUCCCCAUCCAGCUGCAGAGGUCCAUGGCGGCCGAGGCCGAGGCCACCCGGGAAGCCAGGGCCAGGGUCCUGGCAGCAGAAGGGGAAAUGAAUGCUUCUAAAUCUCUGAAGUCAGCCUCCAUGGUGCUGGCCGAGUCCCCCAUAGCGCUCCAGCUGCGUUACCUGCAGACCUUGACCACCGUCGCCACCGAGAAGAACUCCACCAUUGUGUUCCCUCUGCCCAUGAAUAUUCUGGAGGGCAUUGGUGGCGUCAGCUAUGACAACCACAAGAAGGUCCCUAACAGAGCCUGAGGUCCUCCCGCUGCAGCCAGCCCUUGCGUACCCGUUCCUAUGGAGAACCCAGUAGUUAGAAGUGUCAAGAAUUUCAACACUAUUCAGAGUAUAACCCCACAGCUGGAAUAGCAUUAGCAGGGAAACGCUGUAGACGCU